UCUGAUCUACAGCAACAGCAGAGAGCACAUCUGUCUUCAGUCUAAUCUAUUACAUUUAGAGGAGAAUCAACCCUGAAAAUCGAUUGUGUGAUUUAUCUUAUGAUUUAAUAUUGUGGAUGAAUGUAAAUUAGUUUUUUUUUUCUGACGACCAAAAACUAAAAGAACUGAACUAGCAAAUCAAGCACAAGGAAAGUUCUAAAAGGGAUGAACCGCAGUUAAUUAUGUCAACUCAACGGAAUUAUUUUUAAACAGAUUUUUGAAAGAACUUUUGGAGAAUUUUUGAGAAUGGAGAACUUAACAUCUCUCAACGAGACUCUUGAAACUUGGACUGACCGCAGUGUCGAAUAUAAGGUGAUCAGCGUCCUCAUAGUUUUCAUCAUAUGCGCUCUCGGGAUAGUUGGAAACGUGAUGGUCAUCCUGGUGGUCCUCACCACCAAACAUAUGCGGACCCCGACCAAUGGCUAUCUAGUUAGUUUGGCUGUCGCAGACCUGAUGGUGUUGAUCGCAGCCGGUCUGCCAAGCAUAGCGGACAGUUUGUUCGGUUCAUGGAUUUUUGGACACGCGGGGUGCUUGUGCAUCACAUACUUCCAGUAUCUCGGAAUCAACGCAUCCUCGUGCUCCAUAACAGCGUUUACUAUAGAGCGAUACAUCGCUAUAUGUCACCCGAUCAAAGCGCAGUUUUUAUGCACGCUCUCGCGGGCAAAAAAGAUUAUUAUUGGAGUUUGGGUUUUCACGUCGCUUUACUGCGUAAUGUGGUUUUACCUGUCCGACAUCCAACAGGUGCUCUACAAAGAUGUGACUAUAAUAACGUGCGCUUACAAAGUGUCCAGAAAUCUUUACCUACCCAUAUAUUUUUUCGAUUUUGGCAUCUUUUUUGUUCUGCCUCUCACUCUUGCUACUGUCCUGUACGGCCUCAUUGCGAGAAUCUUGUUUCUUAAUCCUCUUCCGUCGGACCCUAAAGAAGACAAGAACGGGCAUGACAACUUUUCCAAAGCUCAAAAGAACAAGAUGAAGAAUUCGAGCCGCUGUUCCAGCACCACUGCAGCAUCCAGAAGACAGGUUACAAAAAUGCUGGCAGUGGUGGUUAUUCUUUUCGCUGUGCUUUGGAUGCCGUACCGCACUCUGGUGGUGGUCAACUCCUUUCUGCAAGAAGCCUACCUCGACACCUGGUUUCUGCUGUUCUGCCGCACAUGUGUCUACCUCAACAGCGCCAUUAACCCUCUUAUCUACAACGCCAUGUCUCAAAAGUUCCGCGCCGCCUUCAGAAGGCUCUGCCGCUGCGGACGCAACGCCCAGGCGAACAAGGCAGCCUAUAGUGUGGCACUAACCUACAGUGUUGCCAAGGAAACGUCAACGGUGGAAAGCACAGGGCAUUUUUCAACCGAGAUAGAUGAUUUGACACCGACAGACGAGCUGUUUCCUGAUAAGAAGCUUCUGUAUCCAGAGGACUGUGACUUUAGGAAGGAGACUUUCAGUCAGGCCUGAUAAACUCACAACAGCUACACACACCAUAAAUCUCUGAGUACUAGCGAUCUAUCGUAACACUACACAUCGAACUGCAGGGACUGCACUUUGAAAUAUUCACUUUAUCUUUAUUUAAAAAGUCACAGUCGAAUUCAUCUUCCUGUCUCGCUCACUUGCCAAACAAGCAACUCCUCCUGAAACCACCAUUACAAGUUGCACAGUUGCAUUAUCUGCUGGAGUCAUGAUUCUUAAUUAAAAUCGCAGUGUACUGCAUAUGUAAUGCGAGGUAAACUAAAGUACAUAUUGAUCUGAAAAUAUCUUUAGGGGUUGCCAUUAUGAUUAAUGAGUGGCCUUUUCCCCCUACAGACCCCUGGGAAAAAAUGCUGAAACUGCUUUAUUCUGCAGUUGCAGUUGUUUCAAGAAUGUUCAAACUGAGUUAACUUAGUUUACUCCCACUGUAUAUAAAUAUAUAUUUAUAUAAUACACAAUGCUUUCCAUCUAAACGUAAAAUGGAAGCAUAGACAAUUUUUUUCAACAUUGCGACUAAAAUUACCUAAAUAAAUUUAGACUAGCUGCACGAGCGCCUUUUUAUGUAAAUUGAAUGUAAAUAAGCAAAUGAACGAAUGCAUGAAUAAAAAAGAUUUACAUCUAGAGUAUUUAUUUAUGUAAGAUGUUUUUAGUCAAGCCAUUCUUAAAGCUGAAUGUAUUUUAUGUGCCAUAAGCACCAUCAACUAGACAGGGUUGCCAGAUCUGUAAAACAAAACCAGCCUAAUUGCUAAUAAAAACUAAUCCAAUCAUAUUUUUUUCCAUGGUUUUCCAUGGUGGAAGUGAGAUCACUUUAACCUGUGGGCUAAAAAAGUGUGUGACAACAGUGUAAAAGUAGCCCAAUUCCGUUGGAAAAUCACAGACUUGACAACACUGCAACUGGAAAUGCACAAAUAAUCACUGUUUCCUCACGUUUCCCCUUGACUGCCAUUGGUUGUUUAAAACAAAUAGUCCCACCCCAAACUCACACUAUUGGUUGAACCAGACGCCAGAGUGUACUGUAAAGACUUUUAGGUGGAAUCAACCAAUGAAUGCCUUACUUAUAUUUAUUAAAAGACGUUGCUCUGCACAUUAAACUGAUAUAGAAAAAAUAUUUUAACAUGUAUUUUAAAUAUAAUAAACAAGACACUUUCGAGUACAACUUAUAUUAGAAGUAAUUGAAUGUAUGAAAUAGUCUAAUGAAUGAAUUUUUCACCAUCGUUCACUCUCUUGUAUCACAAAUGGGUAGACGGCAUAUGAUUGUAUUUGUGAAUCAUCUUUGCUAAUAAGCUAAAUCCUACCACUCAUCAAAAGAAGUUGCUUAUUUUCUUUAUCUUUAUUACAGCUGACUGUGUAUUCAAUUAUUCUACAUGAAUAUGUUGUGUUUUAGGUUUGAAUAUAAUAUCUUAGUGUUGUUACUGUAAAAAAUGCUCUGUUUUGUUUCGAUGACUAGUCAUUUUUGGUGUCAAUGAAUAGGCUAUUUUAGUGAUAGUUUAGUGAAACAGAGGUUUUUAGAAAGUUAUAUGGGUUUGAAUCUUGUCUCUUCACACUGAAAAGUUUCAAGUGUUUUGUUAAUGCAUAUCAUAUAUAAUUUUAAAACUCCGUUCUGCCUGAAACAAAUGUAUAAAGUGUUCAGUAUGUUUAAUUGUGCUGUAAUUGUUGUCUGAGUUUGGUAAAUGCUUGCCAUUAUACUUGAUAUACUUGAGUAUUCUAUACGGAAUCAUUCAAUCAAACACGUUAGUAUCCAUAUUAUAACUAUUAUAUGUGCAGUUUUGCAUUUGUGUUAUAAUCCAGGGUUUAACUGAAACAGUCUAAACAGAUAUUUUAAAGCCUCUUUCUGAAUAAAAUAAAUG